CUCAGAUAUGUGGAUGUUUUCUUGGAUUUGGUUCAUUUUAAUUAUUUUGGCUAUUGCUGGUGUGGACACAAGAGCAAAGACCACACCAUACAUCAAAUUUACGAAAAAAUAUGAAGGAGAAGAGAUACCCAAGGGUCUAAAGCCAUCCAGUGGUUCACCUCAGGAGGAAGAAGAAAACCCACUGAUGGAAAUGCCUGCAAUGGCGGCACCCACUGAACCCUCAGCCCUGGAGUCUGCCUUCACCACUGCCACUCUCUUUUCCUUUGAAAACUUCACUCUUGACACAGCUGAUUUCUUGUUGAAUUGUUGUCGUUGUUGCUCACCUAUUGUAGGGCAGAAAGGAGAACCCGGAAAGACGGGAAAACCAGGUCUUAAAGGAGAGACUGGUAAUAUGGGGAUCCCAGGACCACAAGGAGUCAUUGGACCCCAAGGCUCAAAAGGCCAGAAAGGAGAGAAAGGAGUAAAAGGAGAGCGUGGGGACCAAGGGACAAGUGGAGUUCCAGGAUAUCCAGGAAAACCUGGAGAACCAGGUGGACUUGGUCCUAAGGGGGACAAAGGAAACAUUGGCUUGGCAGGAGUUAAAGGACAAAAAGGCUCACAGGGAGACCCAUGUGAAAAUGGCACCAAAGGAGAUAAAGGAGACCCGGGGGCCGUGGGCUCUCCAGGACUGAACGGAGAGCCUGGAGCCAAAGGAGAGAAGGGGGAGAUGGGACAGAAAGGCUACUGCGGAGAUUCUGGGGAGAGGGGAGGAAAAGGGCAAAAAGGGGAGGAGGGGGUAAAAGGAGAAAAAGGUAGCAAAGGAGACACUGGGACAGAAGGCAAAAGGGGCCCCGAUGGUCUGCCUGGAGCUAAAGGUGAUCCAGGACUUAAAGGAGAAAAAGGGGAGUUAGGUCCUCCUGGUCUUUUGGGACCUGCUGGGCCAAAGGGUGAGCUUGGGAACAAAGGGGUCCGAGGACCUAUUGGGAAGAAGGGCUCACGGGGCUUCAAGGGCUCCAAGGGCGAGGUCGCCAAACUCCCGCAGUCGGCCUUCAGCGCUGCUUUGUCAAAGCCAUUCCCUCCUCCCAACAUCCCCAUCAAAUUUGACAAGAUUUUAUAUAAUGACCAAGGGGAUUACAACCCUGCCACUGGGAAAUUUAACUGCAGCAUCCCUGGGACAUACGUCUUUUCUUACCAUGUCACUGUGAAGGGUCGACCCGCUCGGAUCAGCCUAGUGGCCCAGAAUAAGAAGCAGUUCAAGUCCAGAGACACUCUCUACGGUCAGGAAAUAGACCAGGCCUCUCUCCUCAUCAUCCUGAAAUUAAGUGCAGGAGAUCAAGUGUGGCUGGAAUUGCCAAAAGAUUGGAAUGGGAUUUAUUCCAGUGCUGAGGAUGACAGCAUUUUUACUGGGUUCCUUUUGUACCCAGAGGAAACUCCUGGAAUUUCACCAUAAAUUUGGGUAUUGGACACUGUAGUUGGAUUUAGUGGAAUAAAUAUUGACAUGUAGAAGUAAACUUAAAAAAAAAAAAAACUUCUAUUUUUUUCAUGAUUAAAACAAUAAUACAGAAAAAUUACAUAAUAGUGUAGAUUCAAUUAGUAUUUCUAUUCUAAGGCAUCUUCUUUAAAACAAUUGAGAACAUAUGUAACUCUGUAGCUGACAUUUUUUGUUUAGUAUUAUAAUGACAUUACUUAUUAAUCACUAAAUUACUAUUUAAAGGAUUAAUGUCUUCAUGGAAAAUAUGAAUUAGAUUUAUAAUUAAUAAAUAUAUUCUUCUAAACAUUUCUAUACCUCAUGUAACUGUGUGUUAAAAGCUGACAAACUAUCACGAUAGGUCUUUCUUGAAGUUUCUGAUUCUCUUGGUGGAAUUCUCAUGUCAGUUUCAUUCUCACAUUAGUUUAAUUCAGUGGAAAUGCAUGGAAAGAGUGUCAAAAUUAUCUAAAAUAUGUUUAAAAUUUAUCAUGUGUAAGGGUUUUUCCAUAAAACCUGUAUUAUGUGGACAAGAGUGUUUGGUAAAAUGGAAAAAGAACGUUGAUAAAAAGUUAUAGCUCAAUCAUAGAAAUGAUGCAACCCUUCAUCAAAUUAUUGUGCUUACAAGAACUGAA